AUGGCACACACCUUGUCAAAUGUACCUGGUCCAGCACCUCUGCCGGCCCCUCUCGCUGAGCAAGUCCCUCCAGCGAUGUUACUUCUGGCAGAGUAUUUUAUGGAUGUUGACAAUGAGGAUGUGUCUUAUGUGGAUGGGAAGAACACAAGUGAUCCAGUCAUGGAGGCUUACAUGGACGAUGAUAGUGGGUAUGUUGAUUAUGACGGAAAUGCAAUUGCAUUUUCUGCAGGUACCACAAAUGUGUUAGCCCACGACAUGCAUCACCUUGAACAACAGCUCGAGAACUUACAGAAUGGUGAAGAUGUUCACCUCAGACUGGGUGAUAUGGUAUCGGUGAUGGCGGAAGGUGAGGAGCAUGGAGAGACAGAUGCAAUAGUCCCGGAUAUUAUUGCAGCUAUGCGCUCCAUGGGCAUUGAGGACUCCGAUAAUGAAGAUGACAUUGAAGACAUGUUCUGUAAAGAGGUACCAAUGAGAAUGGAUGGAGACUGGAAACCCUAUGGAUCCAAAACGAUGUUCAUGCUGGACCUUCUUGAUAACCUUCCGCGACUGCGACUCUUAGACGACCAUAUGAAGACAUUCAUUUGGAUUAUGAAGGAGUGCGGAACGCCCAAUGUUCCAUCCUUUUCUGCACUGCGAAAGAAGCAAGCCGAACUAGCGCACGAAGUCAAUGUUGAGACAAAGCAACAUGAAUCGUCACAAUCGAAUCUUUUCUAUGCGAACGUGCCAUCAGCAACGGUGAAAUUGGACUUCGCCAACCCACUUGUAUGGCCACACAUUCAAGUCUAUCCUGAAGUUGGAUGCUCUGUAUCAGAAUUCUAUCACGGAGAGAAAUGGCAGUACAUUAAGGAAGAUGAACUAGAUCUCAACCAGCUUAUGUGGGCGGACUGGAUAAACACACCUCAUAGGCAUUUUUACAUCAAAGAACUUGCAGAAGUCCGAGACGGUCGACUUGUGAUUCCGUUGAGAUGGGUGGUGGACAAUAAGAUUGAAUGCUUUGACGGUUACGUGGUCCAGUAUAAUUCAAUGUGCGACUUGUUCGAAAUACAAGAUAAGGACCUUAUUCGUCUGCAAGCGACCGAAUUAUCCGCCAACUAUUUUGAUCUGAAGACGCGUGGCUGUAGCUUCAAGUUCCCAGGUUUGAACGUUCUGUUGAUUAUAUCUGGACAGUUCUGA